AAUUAUACUUGAUUAUGCUAUUACAUGUAAGGGUGUUGUCGUUUCGAAUGACAAUUUUCGUGAUAUAUACAAUGAGAAAGAAGAAUACAAAGAAAUUAUUGGGAAAAGGCAAUUGAUGUUCAUGUUUAUUGAUGAUGUCAUCAUGUUCCCCACUGACCAGUAUGGUCGCAGUUUUCCACAUUUGAAGACUUGUGAUAUUGUGCAUUUUCCUGCUUAAGCUCAAACAUAAAACCUGAUAGUACAAUACUAUAGUUCAAAUAAUAUAAUAUUUAUUCAGAGUAAGUGGUUUUAAAAGGUAUUCUUAAAUUAAUGUCAAAUUAUUUUUAUUUUAUUUGAUAAGAUACCAAUACCUCAAUUUACAAUAAGCUAUAAAUUACAACAAGAAAAUAUACUAUUUUAUAAAUUUAGUUAUAAAUACAUAUGUAGGUAACUUUAAUUACAAGAUAAUUAUUUUUAUCCUUGAAAUUGUAAUUUUUGUCAACCUAAGUUUUUAAUACUACAAAUAAUUCUGCAGAUGUUCAAAUUAAAAUACAUUUUUCCCAUAAUUAUAUUUUAAAUUGAUGAUAAUUUUUUUUGUACAACAUAGUAUUAUCUCAAUUAACUUUAAAUUAUUAUAUAAGAAUACAGAAUAUAUUAUAUACAGCAGGAGUCGGCAGCGUUUUUGAUGUCAACGGCCAAAAAAUUAAUAUAACAUUUUUCACUGGCCACAAAUGAAUUAACCUUAUAUUAUUUUAAACAAAAAUUUAUAUCAAAUUUAGUUUAUUUAAGUUCACGACUGUUAGGUUUAUUAAUUGAACAAGGCACCUAUCUACAAAUAAACAAUGUUUUAAUCCACAGUUUCCAGUCCAUAUACUAUAUUAGCUCAUGAUUUUUAUACUAUUAUACAUUUUACUUGCCGGCCACAUACAGUUAUAAUGAAGGUCAGCAAACCAUGGGUUGCCAACUCCUGAUAUAUAGGAUAAUUAAUUAUAUCAUAAGUAGAUACUUAAAAUGUUUAUACAUGCAAGUACCUGUGUAAUAAUCAUGUACCGUAAAAUGGUUUAACUCCAGGCGGAAUUUAGUAUUUUUUUUUCAAAUCACUUUUGUCAGUUGUAUCAGUUUUGAAUUAUAAAAGUAGAGUUUUUUAAUAUAAAUUGUUUACUUUAUACAAUAGUAUGAAUAUAAUUUGGAGGUAGGUGAUAUAAACCAAUGUAGUUUUUUUGUUUGAAAUAUCUGAUACUUACCUUUAAUGUUUUUCAACAAUUUUCUAAUUUUAUUAAUAUUCACUUUAUCAGAAACAUCCAAUAUAAAUUUCAAAAACAGUUCUGUCUGAAUUCACACAGUAAGUCACCCUAUUUUACGGUAUUUUGAUAAUAUUGCUCCAAAAAAAGUAUUAAUCAUACUGUUAACAAUAUCUGUGUUCAUAUCAUUAAAAUAUUUUGUGAUUUCUUACAUACCUAUAUAUUUUAUACAUAGUUACUACAAGUAUCAUAGGUGCAAUUUCAGUUUUUGACUUGGAGAGUCUUUAUUUACUUAAAUUAAACAGACUAGUGGGAGGCUCUACUCUCCACACUCCCUAUGUGGCCUAUUCAAAUACCUUUAAAAUGUAUUACUAUAUAAUGCAGGACCUAAUAUAAUUACCAUAAUUUAUUUAUCAUUUUUUCUUCCUCACUUUUCUACAUUUAAU